AUGGUUACAACAGUCACAGCUGAGCUCGGGGGGGCGAAACGGUUGCAGCUCCAUACAAGGAAUUUCACAGAAACUGAUAUGGAAGAUUUUGCAGUGUUUCUUGAACAUGGAAUGGCUGAAUCUAUUGGAAUUGUCCUCUUAUUUAUCGAAAACUGGCACAAGUGGGCAUUUGAAUCGCUCAUUGAUGCCUUUCCAAGUUUCCCUGUGAGACUACUGCACGAAGUCAAUGGAGGAUUGAAGCACGCCAUGCUCCCAGUGUUCGGUGACGACAUCGACAGCGAAAGUAAGCUCCCGUUCUUGAUACUCCCGCCGAGUGUACUCGCAAGGAUCUAUGCGGCUAGGACUAUGGGAGGCUCAGCGUAUACCGUUGACCUACGCAGGUGGAAGAGGCUUAACGAAUGCCCAUACUGGAUUUACCCCGAUAUUUUCUUCGUUUUUACCAAUUGGGAUAGCACAUUGGAGGUUGUGAGGUUCCAUCUCGAGAGUAAAGAGCGGGACCUGUUCAACUCCGGCGCUCGGUCGCCCAUCUUUCAUCAAACUCGAGAGCUUCAUCGGGAUGCUUCCACAACUCUGGCUCUACAGGAAUGCCUGAGAAUGCACGCAGCAGCUUUGAAGGCGUUUCAACUGGCCCUUCCCAAAGAAAGGCGUUAUCCAUACCCAGCCUUUGGGCUAAUGAAACGUCGGCUAAAGGAAGUCGCGGAGCUGCUUGAUCUUUAUCAACUAACAUGUGUUACGGUCUUGGAGCAGCAACGGAACCUCCUCAGCAUGACGUUUAAUCUCGAGACAGUAGGCCAAAGUCAGACAGUAAUGCGUCUAAAUGCGCUUGCUUUUGUCUUUCUCCUUCUUUCACUUAUUGCUGUAUGUUCUGGCUCUCAACGAAUCACACUUCAUUCGCCUGUAUGGUAUAUCCCGGUGGCUUUAUCAACCCUCAUCGCAACAGUCGGGGCUGUCUUCAUCACCAAUCGCGCUACAGACUAUCUACAAUCUCAUGUUCUCGAUAAGCCGUCUCUAGAUCAACAGCAACACGAAACUUCCACAAGUGUUAUCGAUGGACAGUCUCCAGACCAACAGCAACUUGAAAUCCCCACACGCAUUUUCGAUAAAGAGCCUCCAGAUCAACAACAGCCUGAACCCUCCACAGGUGUUCUCAAUGGACAGUCUCUAGGUCAGUUGCAACAUGAAACCUCCUCAUCCGAAAUUGAAAGACGGUCUCGAGCUCAACAGCUCGAAGAGGCUUACCAACGUUCUACCUUACGGCGUGACCUAGAAUAUAGAUUCAAUAGCCACUCUUCAGAUGAACAGCAACCUGAAGGCGACAUACGAAAUCGUGAUAGGAAGUCUCCAGACCAACGGCGCGAAGCAGAUCUCAAAAGAUAUAUUUACGGCGUGAGCGCGAAACCAGUCUUAUCGACGACGACCCUAGAGGCCGACCGCAGCCUGAAAGUUAUUAUAGGCGAGCUCGUAAUAGGCAGUCUCGAAACCGACGGCAACCUGAUGGCUAUACACGGGCGCGUGAUAGGCCGUCUAUAA